UCAUAUCAUCGAGCAUCUUAUUGCGAUCUAUGUACAGCGCUUGUAUAUCUAUAUAAGCAAAAUCUAACUGAAGUGCGAAAUCACUCAUUUGUAUUUACAAUUUACAAGUGCAGAAUUUACUCAGAUUUUUCAUUUUAACUUGGGUUUUCACUGCGAUUACCGGCUGUACGAUGUACGCGAUUACAGUUUUUAUACUAGCAGUGGUUUGUGGAAUUACCGCGGCGGACAGAAGCUGCCGCGUGACGACCAAGGACAUACUGGGUCCGUAUUACAAACGCAACGCGCCGGUUGUCUCCUUCGAUAGCCGAAAUAUCCCGCAAAUCUGCGCUAACACCCCGGCACAAGAUCGCUUAUUCCUUAAUGGCACCAUUCGGGUGCAGAAAUCCGCUUCCGACUGCGGUGUGGGUACAAGGGCUUUCUUGGAUAUUUGGCAAGCGAAUUCCGAUGGAGUAUACAGCAGUACUUCCAUGCAGUCCAAGGACUAUACGUGCCGAAUUCGCUUUUUCACGGAUGAUAAUGGAUUUUUCUCCCUGACAUCCAUCUUCCCGGGACGCUACGAUGACGGAGGUUAUCGUCCAGCGCAUAUUCAUUUUAUGAUUACGCCGGUGGACAGAAAUAAUCAACCCACCGGAACCACACUGACCACGCAGUUGUAUUUUGCCGAAGAUUUCUAUCUCAGUCCACGUGACUCGUGCCAGAUCUGCGGUUCUGGUCAACCGUCCCAGAUAGCGCACGUCGAGCAUAUCGGGGAUAUUAAGUCAUUCACUGGAUCGUGGGAUAUUCUCCUAUCGAACUAACCAGCAGCUACGUUUUUUUGUUUGAUCGCUACCUUUCUGUGAUCACAAUUAUCUGUUACCAGUUAUCUCCGUUCUUAAGUAUUACGAAUUUUUAUAGCUUUUAUAACAACAAAUAUCCGGAUUGUGUAAUUUCCGGUAGUGUGCCUCUGGUGAGGAAACACGCACCAUCAUUCAUCACAACAAAUUGUACUCGUAUUACAUCAACGCUGAUGUUUUUAUACUGAUGCAGUUAAAUAAAUAUUUCCAAUUAUAACGACUGUUGUUAAGUACGUACGCAAUACUUUAGUGAAACCGUUUUUGAGGCUC